CAGUUCAUCAAACAGUCGGCGUACGCGUACCCGGUCUCCUCAACGUUGUAGUACAGCUUGCCGGCCCGAGUGACACCGGUGGUCAGCCACAGCUUGCCCCUGUUCUCCACCACCUCCGCAGCGCCGGCUUCCUCCACCCACCGCGCGCGCGACGCCAUAUUCCUGUUCCGAGAUCCGCAGAACCCAGCGUGGUCACAAUCCCACCAGGACGAGCCAACACGGACAGAAAAAAAGCAAAGCAUCUGCAAGAGAAACGAAGCACGCACCUGAACUGCACCCUUGAGGAGGCGGACGACGCAUUCGCAGCGUCGAGAAAGGUGUUGAGGUUCAUUGUGAAGCUGAGGUGAGUAUAUAGGCAUAAAGAGAGCAUGAACACUGUUAGUGGUACAAAGCGUGCACCAAGGAGACAGUCGCAAGAUGGGUCUGGUGAUAAACUAGUGGUGAUCGUGGAAGCAAGCUCCCGGGGGGUGGGGAGCCGUCGUGGACCACAUGCCCCUAUUCCUGGCGCCCUAAACUCACCCAUUGAUGUGGAGGCCAUCGAAGAUGAAGUUCAGGCAGUAUCUCCUUCGCGAGUGCCCCUGCCAUGUAUUCUGCAGAGGAGGAACAGGAGAACCAGGAGGGAACCUAUAACAGUGGUUGACUUGGAGGUUGAAGCUAGCCGGGAAGGGAGCAAACGCCAGAGGGUUGAACCAGUAGGACGUCACCUCUAUCCAGAUUGGGGAGCAAGGUCUAGCUUGCAGUCAAAUGCCGCACAAACCAGCAAAGAGCCUGCCAAGGAGGUCCCCGAGGAACCAUCUUUUACCUGCCCAAUAUGUUGGAAUAAGAUGGAGGAGCCUUCCACGACGACUUGUGGCCAUGUCUUCUGCGACACGUGCAUCAAGCAGGCCAUCAAGGUUCAGAAGAAAUGCCCUACUUGCAGGAAGGGGCUGAAAAUGAAUAGUGUUCAUCGUAUUUACCUUCCGAACGGUUCUAGUUAAGCUGAGCAGCUUUACAUAUCUGAUGGCUUGUAACUUUGGGGGCAAUUAGCUUAACCUCUGUUAUCCGAUACAUGCCGACUGGCUUUGUCAAAGAAACUUCUGGUAACGUAAGGCUGUGCAAUGUACUGUGAGGAUCAGAAAUUCUUAGCCUGAACAACAGAUAGAUGUUUCAUCCCAGUCUGUAUUAUUUAUCGGCAUCACCAGGAGUUCAUCAUGAGAACUUCCUGACUAGGGAAGUCGAUAUCAGCCUCAGUUUUACUCUGCAUCCAUGGUUCCCAGAAUGUUUUGUUAGGAUGUGACCAUAAGAUGAUGCAUAUAACCGUGCAAAACAUUAUUUUGCACCCUAUUAUGUAUUAUUUAUAUCCUAUUAUGUAUUAUUUAUAUAGUAGAGUUGUAAAAUAUAAAUGAUGAGUAAAGCUGCUGAAGAUAGCCUUAUAUA